AUGGCUGCUAUCAUGUCACCCCCCGACUACUCAACGGCCGCACUGGAUAGAUCUCGUCUAAGUGUCCGCCUCCCAAAAGAUACUCUGCACUCGUCUCUCAUGGCGUCGUCGCAGCACUUCCACUUUGACCGCGAGACGGCCGCCUUGGCUCGCAAUGCCAACGCCUGGCUCUCGUCGGAAGAGGAUCUCGCCCGGCCGGUAUCCAUCGCCGAAAGUAACUUCUCUACUCGGUCCAUCGAGCAUGAGGACUACCACCAGCCACCCAGGAACCCCAGAGACUAUCCUGUCUUCGGGUCACUCCGUUACUCGCUCCGUUAUGAUGACGCACGGCCACGCACGGCGCCUAGGACGGCGACCAAGACGGAAAGCACUGAGAAGCUCACACAGGGGAUCAACGACGACUCCGCCACAAGUUCAAGACACAGUGACGAUGAUAUCGUGUAUCCCACUGGCAUGAAACUGGCUCUCAUCACAUUGGCCCUUUGUCUGGCUGUGUUUGUCAUGGCUCUUGACAACUCUAUCAUUGCCACGGCAAUUCCCAAAAUCACCGACGAGUUCCACAGCCUCAACGAUGUCGGUUGGUAUGGCUCCGCAUACAUGCUCACGGGUGCCUCUCUCCAGCUGUUGUUCGGCAAGAUCUACACCUUCUGGACCAUCAAGUGGACGUUCCUCGCCACCGUUGCCAUCUUUGAGGUGGGAAGUCUCAUCUGCGGUGUUGCAGGAGACAGCGUCACCCUCAUCAUCGGCCGAGCCGUUGCUGGAGUGGGUUCCGCGGGCAUCUUUGCCGGUGCCCUGACCAUCCUCGCCUACACGGUCCCUCUGCACAAGAGACCCGUGUAUACCGGCCUCGUCAGUGGCAUGUGGGGCAUCUCGUCCGUCGCCGGCCCGCUGCUCGGAGGUUUCCUCACGGACCGGGCCUCGUGGCGCUGGUGCUUCUACAUCAACCUGCCCAUCGGCGUCAUCACCAUGGUCGUGAUUGCCGUCUACUUCUCUGAUCCGGAGCGACAUAUUGAGCCUGCGCCGUGGCGCGUCCGCGCGUGGCAGCUCGACCCCAUCGGCACUGCCAUCUUCAUGCCGGCCAUCAUCUGCCUGCUGCUCGCUCUGCAGUGGGGCGGUGUCGACUAUGCGUGGAGCAACUCGAAGAUCACGUCGCUGUUCAUGCUGGCGGCUGUGCUGAUACUCCUGUUCCUCUACGUGCAGUACCGCAUGGGUGAAAACGCAACGGUGCCCCCACGCAUCUUCAAGAAGCGCUCGGUCUGGGCGUCGUGUUUCUUUUCCUUCAACACCGGCGCCUGCUUCCUCACCGCGGUGUACUUUUUGCCCAUCUGGUUCCAAGCUGUCAAGGGCUCCUCGGCCAUCCAGUCUGGAGUGAACAACCUGCCCAUGCUGCUGGGCGUAGUCAUCUUCUCCAUGGUUGCUGGCGCCAUCGUCACCUACUGGGGAUACUACACGCCCUUCAUGAUUGGCGGUUCCAUCUUCAUGGCCAUCGGCUACGGACUCAUCUGCACGCUCAAGGUGGACACUCCCACCGCUGGCUGGAUUGGCUACCAACUCCUGGCAGGUGUCGGCGUUGGUAUUGGCAUGCAGCAGCCGCUCGUCGCAGUGCAGGUAGUGUGCGACAUGGCCGACGUUCCCACCGGCACGGCCAUGAUCAUCUUCGUGCAGACACUGGGCGGUGCACUAUGUGUGACGGCCGGCCAGACCAUCUUCACCAACACGCUCAUUGAGAAGAUCCACGAGUACGUCCCGGACCUGGAUCCGGCCGUGGUGAUAGCCGCGGGCGCAACCAACAUCCGCGAUGCCAUCCGCGCCGAGUGGCUGCCCGACGUCAUCCGGGCGUACAACGACGCGCUCAACGUGGCCUUCCUGGUGGGAGCAGCCACGGCGUCAGCAACGAUUAUUGGCGCGGCCUUUACCGAGUGGAAGAGCGUCAAGGGGAAGAACAUUGAGAUGGCGGUAGCCUAA